UCGCGGGCCCUUUCUGGGCCACACUUUGUCGACGAUGCCUUUCUUGAUUCGCCGCCGACUCUGCCCGGCUCUUUCCUUGGUCCCUUAGAAAGGAGGCGGGACGAGAUUAGACAGACGGGCUUCGCGGCCAUUCAGCGGCGAGCAGAGGUCGCGGCUGCCUGCCGCACUUCCGGCUCCGCUGGGAGCAAGUCGUGGGUCACCGGCGCACGGCGAUGCCGCUGCACAGGUUCCCGGUCCGCCUCUGGAAGCAGCUACAGCUGAAGCAAGGCCUCUGCGCGCGCCUGCCCGCGCACUUUCUACGCUCUCUGGAGGACGCGCGGACGCCCGCCCCCGUGCACUACCGGCCCCACGGCGCCCGGUUCAGGGUCAACCCCGCGAACGGGCAGCGGGAGCGCGUGGAAGAUGUGCCCAUCCCCAUCUAUUACCCGCCCGAGUCCCAGCAGGGGCUGUGGGGAGGCGAGGGCUGGGUCGUGGGCUACAGAUACGUCAACGGCGACAAGCUCUCAAAGAGGGUGAAGAAGGUGUGGAAACCACAGCUGUUUCAACGUGAGCUCUACAGUGAGAUCCUAGACAAAAAGUUCUCUGUGACUGUGACCAUGCGGACUCUGGACCUCAUCGAUGAAGCCUAUGGGUUUGACUUCUAUAUCCUCAAGACCCCGAAGGAGGACUUGUGCUCUAAGUUUGGGAUGGACCUGAAGCGAGCAAUGCUGCUGAGGCUUGCCCGACAGGACCCGGCACUGCACCCUGAUGACCCUGAGCAGAGGGCAGCCAUUUACCACAAGUACAAGGAGUUUGCCAUCCCAGAGGAAGAGGCUGAGUGGGUGGGCCUGACGCUGGAGGAGGCUGUGGAGAAGCAGAGGCUCCUGGAGGAGAAGGACCCUGUACCCCUGUUCAAGGUCUACGUAGAGGAGCUGGUUGAGCAGCUUCGACAGCAGGCGCUAUUGGAGCCCGCAGUGGCACUGAAGAGAGCCAGCAGGAAGUGAUCACAAGCCCUCCUGUUUCUGAUCGUCAGGCAUAGCUUUCCCCUGUGAGCGUUUUAGCAGUGUGGACAGAGUCUGGGGUGGCCAUAAGGACCACCUGUGAGCAGUGUGAACCCUGUUCUUGUGUAGUAAUCACAGAGCUUCUGGGGUAGGCUUUUUGGAGGUCUGAGGGGCCUUUCAUCCCAAGUUCCCCAGAAGGCCUGGUUCCAAGCAGAGGGCCUGCCCAGAUGGGGGCACAUGCUGGGCAGCAUUGGUUAUGCCUGUAGGAUUGAGUGAGUAAAGUCUGAGCUAAGCUGUU